AUGCUACGGCAUUCAUCUACUUCAGCCAACCCAUCAGUCACGCAACGUCAGGUAGAUAACCAAAACAGCCAACUCAACCGCCCGUCAUACAACCCCAAUGACGAGGCAUCUCUUUCCGACUUUGGCCACCAGAUCGUUUCCGACUAUGCCCACCUCCGCGCUGAGUACGAGGUGCCCAAACUCCCAAUCGUGCUAGCGCAUGGGCUCCUGGGAUUCGACGAACUUCGCCUCCUACCGGGCAACUUGGUGCCCGGCAUCGCGUACUGGCGCGGCAUAAGAGAAGCCUACCAGUCGCACGGGAUCCAGUGCAUCACGACCGCUGUCCCGCGGACAGCAUCCAUCCCCGAGCGUGCUAAGGUCCUCAUGGAUCAGAUCGCGUCUAAACUCCCCACCCACGAAGACGGGCACGGCAGGGAAGUCAACAUCAUCGCACAUUCCAUGGGUGGCCUCGAUGCGCGCUAUAUGAUCUCCCGGCUGUGCCCCUCGCCGUCGCUGUUUCGCGUCCGUUCCCUCACCACGAUAGCGACGCCCCAUCGAGGCAGUUCCGCGGCAGAUAUGCUCUUCAGAGACAUUGGACCGGACCUGUUACCGCAUAUCUACCGUCUCUUGCACCGGUUCGAGAUCGACUAUGGCGCCUUUUCUCAGCUCACGACGUCCUACAUGCGCGACAAGUUCAACCGCGUGGUCCCGAAUCAUCCGGAAGUCAAGUAUUUCUCCUACGGCGCCAGCGCGACGCCGCAUCUGUUCAGCGUAUUUAGGAUGAGUCACGACCUGAUGAAUGUGGUUGAAGGGCCCAAUGAUGGGCUUGUCUCGGUCAAGAGUGCCAAGUGGGGGGAGUAUAGGGGCACUUUGAUGGGCGUCACUCAUUUGGACUUGAUCAACUGGACGAACCGCCUGAAAGUCGCGGCUGGACGGUUGGGACUGAUCGAGGAGAAGUACAAUGCGCAGGCGUUCUAUCUAGCUGUUGCGGAGGGUUUGGCCAAAGAGGGGUUUUAG